AUGAAUCCUUUUCUUAAAUGUAUGUCAAUACAUAAAACAAAUUCGGAUCUAUAUUUCAAAUCGGAAUCAGAACAACUAAUUCAAAAUUCGCAUUCCUUUGUCGAAAAAAACGAACCGUAUUCAUUUGACAAAAUAAAAAUUACUGUUAUUAAAGACAGCAUAAUUAAGUCGGAAUAUCAUGACUCGUAUGUGCUACUUUUUAAAUCGGGUGUGUCAAUAGUGAAGAUAACAGAAAAGGUGGUUUCCGAUACGACGGUUGUUCUAAACAUCGACAAACCCGAAAUAUUUAAAAUUAUAGACUGUUAUGCUUAUCCCACAAACUUUAACAAUGAUUACAAAAAAACCAUUAUAUCCAAUAGUUUUAAUAAAAAAAACACGCAAAAUAUAACUAAUAAGCGUAAGCAUAAUGCCACAUCAUUGUCUUUCAAUUCUAUACUAAAUACUGUUGAUUACUCUAAUAACAACCCUUACGGUUCUUCCAUCUCAACGCCUGCCAACAAGUUUGCCCCAAAAUCCAUUAACAUCAUUGACAAAAACAUUUAUUCUGCGCUUAAUUUUGUCAGUGAUUUUACUUUAAACUCCAAUAACUAUUGUUUACUAAAUAACGUCAAUAAUUUUACCCCAACCUCUAACAACGAAUCUACAUUUAAACCCGCUAAUAUUUAUGAUAACCCAAAUAGUGAUAGUGAAUCAAUAGCCAAUAAUAAUUAUACUUCAAGUUCUUAUUCUUACAACAACUCUUAUAAAGAUUCGGCACCAAUAUUUGUAAUUGAUUCUCCUAAUUCCGUAAACGAUUCAACACAAAAUAUUGCAAAUAGUUCUUCCCCAAUAUCUCUAAAUGAAUCUACGCAAAACAUCGCAAAUAGUCCUUCCUCAAAAUCCGUAAAUAAUUCUACACAAAUUGUUGUUAAUAGUUCUUCCUCAAAUUUUGCAAAUAGUUCUUCAACAAAUUCCGUUAAUGAUUCUACACAAAUUGUUGUAAAUAGUUCUUCAACAGAUUCUGUAAAUAAAUCUACACAAAUUGUUGUUAAUAGUUCUCCAACAGAUUCUGUAAAUAAUUCUACACAAAUUGUUGUUAAUAGUUCUUCAACAGAUUCUGUAAAUAAUUCUACACAAAUUGUUGUUAAUAGUUCUCCAACAGAUUCUGUAAAUAAUUCUUCAACAAAUUCCGUUAAUGAUUCUACACAAAUUGUUGUAAAUAGUUCUUCAACAAAUUCCGUUAAUGAUUCUACACAAAUUGUUGUAAAUAGUUCUUCAACAGAUUCUGUAAAUAAAUCUACACAAAUUGUUGUAAAUAGUUCUUCAACAGAUUCUGUAAAUAAAUCUACACAAAUUGUUGUUAAUAGUUCUCCAACAAAUUCUGUAAAUAAUUCUACACAAAUUGUUGUAAAUAGUUCUCCAACAGAUUCUGUAAAUAAUUCUUCAACAAAUUCCGUUAACGAUUCUACACAAAUUGUUGUAAAUAGUUCUCCAACAGAUUCUGUAAAUAAUUCUUCAACAAAUUCCGUUAACGAUUCUACACAAAUUGUUGUAAAUAGUUCUCCAACAGAUUCUGUAAAUAAUUCUUCAACAAAUUCCGUUAAUGAUUCUACACAAAUUGUUGUAAAUAGUUCUCCAACAGAUUCUGUAAAUAAUUCUUCAACAAAUUCCGUUAAUGAUUCUACACAAAUUGUUGUAAAUAGUUCUCCAACAGAUUCUGUAAAUAAUUCUACACAAAUUGUUAUUAAUAGUUCUCCAACAGAUUCUGUAAAUAAUUCGACACAUAUUGCUGUAAAUAGUUCUUCAACAGAUUUUGUCAAUGAUUUUACACAAAUUAUUGUAAUUGGUUUUUCAACAGAUUCCGUUAACGAUUCCACACAAAUUAUUGCAAAUGAUUCUACGCAAAAUAUUGCAAAUAGUUCUUCCUCAAAUUUUGUAAAUAGUUCUUCUUCAAUAUCUGUAAAUGAUUCAACACAUAAUAUUGUAAAUAGUUUUUCUUCAACAUCUGUAAAUGAUUCUACACAUAAUAUUGUAAAUAGUUCUUCUUCAAUAUCUGUAAAUGAUUCAACACAUAAUAUUGUGAAUAGUUCUUCAACAGAUUUUGUCAAUGAUUCUACACAAAUUGUUGUGAAUAGUUCUUCAACAGAUUUUGUCAAUGAUUCUACACAAAUUGUUGUGAAUAGUUCUUCAACAGAUUUUGUCAAUGAUUCUACACAAAUUGUUGUAAAUAGUUCUUCAACAGAUUCUGUUAGUGAUUCGACACAUUUUGCUGUAAAUAGUACAUCAACAGAUUCUGUUAGUGAUUCGACACAUUUUGCUGUAAAUAGUUCUUCAACAGAUUUCGUUAAUGAUUCUACACAUAUUGCUGUAAAUAGUUCUUCAACAGAUUUCGUUAAUGAUUCUACACAUAUUGCUGUAAAUAGUUCUUCAACAGAUUUCGUUAAUGAUUCUACACAUAUUGCUGUAAAUGGUUCUUCAACAGAUUCUGUUAGUGAUUCUACACAAAUUAUUGUAAAUGGUUCUUCAACAGAUUCUGUAAAUAAUUCGACACAUAUUGCUGUAAAUGGUUCUUCAACAGAUUCUGUAAAUAAUUCGACACAUAUUGCUGUAAAUGGUUCUUCAACAGAUUCUGUUAGUGAUUCUACACAAAUUAUUGUAAAUGGUUCUUCAACAGAUUCUGUAAAUAAUUCGACACAUAUUGCUGUAAAUAGUCCUUCGAUAAAUUCUGUUAAUGAUUUUACACAAAUUAUUGUAAACGAUUCUACACAAAAUAUUGUAAAUAGUUUUUCAAUAAAUUCUGUAAAUGAUUCUACACAAAAUAUUGUAAAUAGUUCUUCUUCAACAUCUGUAAAUAGUUCUUCUUCAACAUCUGUAAAUAGUUCUUCUUCAACAUCUGUAAAUGAUUCUACUUCAAAAUCUUUCGGCAAUUCUACUUCAAUAUCUGUAAAUGAUUCUACACAUAAUAUUGUGAAUAGUUUUUCUUCAACAUCUGUAAAUGAUUCAACACAUAAUAUUGUUGAUAGUUCUUCAAUAAAUUCUGUAAAUGAUUCUACUUCAAAAUCUUCCGACAUUUCUACUUCAAUGUCUGUUAAUGAUACACCGAUGUCUGUUAAUGAUUCUAUUACAAGUUCUAUAAAUGGCUUAUCUACAAAUAAUGUUUGGAAAGAAAUAAAAAAUAUAUCCCAGGCUAAUGAAGACUCAAAACAUAUUAAGUACAAAAAAAUGUACAGACCUAAUGAUAUUUAUUACGGGAUUGGUAUUGAAAAUGAAACAUAUCUUCUUUCUGAUAAACCGAUUGUACGGUCAGGUGAGUGGAUUAUAAACAAUCGCAAGAGAGAACGCUAUAGUGUUGACUAUUGGACUAAUUUUAAGAGCGAUGAUGUUAGUGUUGCAUUAAAACUAAUUGACAAAAAAAAGAUGUAUGAUAUACCUGUUUUUAUUAAUUCACAUGCUUUUACAAAAUGCGACAGAAAUAAUGAGCACAAAACCAUGUACACCAAGUUGACAGAACCAAAUAUGAAAUUUGAGGGAAAAACUAUUCAUGACAUUAUGAUGACAAACAGUAAGUAUUAUAGGGACAAUAACGACAUAGAGUUUGUAUAUGAUGGUGAUACAUUUGAAUUUACGACCAUUGACUUUUACAACACAACUGUAAACAAUUGUAUUAAACAAUUGAACGAUUUUAAACAAAGAUUUUUGCAAGAAAUUAACAGAGUUUUUACCGAACAAUCCGUAUUAAAAGGGCAUUAUGAUAAUGAAAUAAAAUAUGCCGUCAACUACGGUUUUGUUAAUUUCACUACAAAUCCAAGAAAUAUAGCAAUAUGUAAUAAUGGAACUUAUCAUAUCAAUAUAACAUUGCCAACAAAACUUGAUUCUAAAGGUAAAAUUCAAAACAUUAAAUCUUUCAAAAACGUUCAUUCUAACGCAAUAAAUGCAUUGCAAUGGAUUGAACCCCUACUUGUUGGAUGUUACGGGUCUCCUGAUAUUUUAUCAGUUUUAAAUGACAAAUUUUCUAAAGGAUCGCAAAGACUUGCAAUUAGUAGAUAUAUUAGUGUUGGAACUUAUGACACGAACACAAUGCCUGAGGGCAAACUUCUUGACACUUUUGAAUAUGAUAAUGAUAAUGGUUCUGAAAAUAUAGGUCGUUGGUAUAAGAAAUACCAUAAAAAAUCCGCUUAUAAUGCGCAAAAAAUGAUAGGUUUAGAUGUUAAUUAUCAUAAGCAUUAUAAUCAUGGAAUUGAGUUAAGAUUUUUUGACUACUUUCCCGAAGAAUAUCUGGCAAGCGUAAUUAAUACAUUACUAUUAGUAUGUCAGAAAUCAAUGUUAAAAAAGUUUCCACCAGUAUCUGGUUCCGAGUGUUAUGACGAUCAGAUUUGUAAAUGUGUCAAUGAUGGUUUUAGUGCGACUAUUAACAAAGAUUAUUUACUCGAGUUAGCAAAACUUUUUGAUUUGACCAACGAGGAUAUUUGCGGUCAUAACAUAUUAACAUUAUUUCAGAGUAUUGUUAAUAGACUUUACAAAGAUAUAAAAUGGACAUACCACCCAACAUACAAACUUGGAAUUAUUGGGAAUAGUUUUAAAGAAAAUGAAAAAAGACUUCCGAUACAUCCGGCUGAUUUCAGCAAAAUCCCAAAAAAGUACGGAUCAAAUAUAUUUAUUGAUAAGUCUUAUGGAAAAAAUUUCGGAUAUACCGAUGACCAAUUAAAACCAUUUGUUGGGGCAAUUCUUACAAAAGAGGAGAUUUACAAAUCAUGUGACGUAUUGAUUACACUCAAAUUUACGGAAGCUGAUUACAACAUAAUUGGCAAUGACAAGAUAUGUUGGGGGUGGCACCAUUUGGUUCAAAAUAAAAAAAAUGUUGACACGAUUAUUAAAAAAGGGCUAACCGCAAUAUCUAUUGAACAAAUGUAUGAAAAUGGAAGAUAUAUUUUGGAAGAUAAUCGACUUAUCGCCGGAUAUUCAAGUGUUAUGCAUGCACUGCAACUGAAAGGCUUAACUGGGUAUUUGUAUUUGCCUGAAGACCAGAUAAGAAUCGCGAUAAUAAGUCAUGGUUGGGUAGGAAGGGGAGCCGUUGAUGCAUUUAAAGCUCUUGGUUUUAGGCACAUCGAUGUUUAUACAAAAAGAUCCCCAAACUUUGUUAAUGACAAAAAACCGGGUGUAAAUUAUUUGGCUUAUCCGGAAAAUGGCAAAUGGAAAAAUGUGUUAAAAGAUUAUGAUAUUAUAGUCAAUUGUGUUCUUCAGGAUCCUCUUAACAUAAUUACAUUUAUUACAAAGAAAGAUCUCGACGAUUUUAACAAAAAAAUGUUCAUCAUUGACAUAAGUUGUGACACAGGAAUGGGUUUUGAUUUUGCGGUUCCGACAACUUUUACCGAACCAAUAUUAAAAAUCACAGACAAUGUCGAUUUUUACGGUGUAGAUCAUUCACCAAGUGUUUAUUAUAACACGAUAACACAAACAAUAAGUAAGAAAUUAUUGCCUUAUGUGUACGAUGUUAUUGACGGUAAAUUUGAAGAAAAUUCAGUUCUUAAUAAUGCUACUGAGAUUAAAAAAGGAGUCAUAAUAAAUGAUACAAUUAAUAAAUUUCAAAAAAGAUAA